AUGAGCCCUUUAAAAUUUCUAGUUCUAACUGCGGAGCAAAAGGCAGAUAUGAUUCAAGAUCUUAAGGACAAAGGAUUCAUUGAUAAGGACUAUAAGAAUGUCUUUUCGGAUUUGCCUGUAGUUGUAAGGAAGCGUGUUAGAGCUUUGAGAAGUAUUCAAGAUAAGCAUGACAAAUUGGCGGAUAAAUAUUUUGAGGAGAGAGCAACACUUGAAGCAAAAUAUCAAGAGUUGUUUAAACCGCUUUACGAUGAACGUUAUGAUAUUGUGAAUGGAAUAGUUGAAAUCGAAAAGGUUAGAGAAAUGUAUCUCAAAGAAAGUGGAGAGACUUCAAAAGUGAUAGGAGUUCCCAACUUUUGGGUCAACGCCAUGAAAGCAAAUGAAAUCAUGUCCAAAAUGAUUAUGGAGCAAGAUGAAGAAAUUUUGAAAUAUUUGAAGGACAUAAGAUGGUCUAGGGUUGAUGAUCUCACAACUUUUAAACUUGAUUUCUUCUUUAAUAAAAACCCCUAUUUAAAGAAUAAUGUGCUAAGCAAGACAUACAUGUUGGAUGAAGACGAACAUUAUCACAACAUGGCAAUUGGGACUGAGAUUGAAUGGUACGCAGAAAAAGAUGUGACAAGAUCUGAAAGCUUCUUUAAGUUCUUCAGUCCUCGGAUAUUUGUAGAAGAUGAAAUUCUUGACGAGAAGACAGCUGAAGAAUCACUAAUUGUGUCCAAACAUGAUUUUGAAAUCGGAUUAAUAAUUAGAGACAAAAUCAUCCCUAAUACAGUGGGGUGGUUCACGGAGGAAGCUAAAACAGGGGAUUUUGAGGACACUGACGAUUAUGAUUCAGAUGAUGAAUCUUGUAUGUAUAUGGACUGGGAUGAUGAUGAAGAUGAAGUUGAUGUUCAAGAUGAAGUUGAUGUUGAUCUUGAUCUUGAUCUUGAUCUUGAUGUUGAUGUUGAUGGUGACGGCGAUGAUGAUGAUGAAAAUGUUAUCUGAACUAGUCUCUUUUUUUCAUUUUUUUGUGCAAUGUUGUGAAAUAUUGCAGGUAGUAUUUUUGUAUUUUUGGAACAGAACAAUUUUAUUGAGAGAUUUUGGCAAGUUAUAAACCAUAAUUUAUCACAC